AUGAGGUCGCUGAUGACAGAGCUCCCGGACGAAGUAGUCCAGGCCAUUCUGCACCACCUGCCUCCGCGAAGCACGGCGGCCUUGCAGCAAACAUGCCGACGCUUUGUCAACAUCGCCAAUGAGCCUCUCCUCUGGAAGAUCUACUGUCAGCGGGAUUUUCGGUGGUGGGACGAGCGGCACGGCAUCAAAAGCCUCCUUCAAGAUGCCACUUUUACCGGAUGGAGAGAUCUGUACCAUGAUCGCCAAUUCGGGGCUCGUACCACGCGGCGGGCCAUCAACAAGAUUGUCACCGAAGAGACCGGUCGCCUGGCCUCCCUGAAGACGAUUCUAGAUGUCGGUUACGAUGCCAAAGACACUUUGCUCGAUCUGUUUAGGACUGCCCCUUCCUCCGAAGACCAGCUAGCUCUAAAGUACUGGAGUCAUGCAGCGCUUGGCUGUCUGCACCGACUACUCGCCGUGGGUGAAUGGGUGAGGUUGAGUGCUGCCGAGGCUCCCAUCCCAAUUGACAGAGCUAUUGCCGGCUUCGACCUAUUCAUCCUUGAAGAGCGAACCGAGGGCGACAUGGACGAUAUCUUCGCUCGACUGGAUUCCUACGCGGCUUCCGUUCGCUCCGCAUAUCCCAAUAUUGACGAUAUGACGCCUCGACAGAAAGCCAUCGCCAUCACCGCGCACCUUCAGGAGAACCAAUGGGUCGGAAUACAAGGGGAUCGACACUACCAUAGCCUCGACCACAUGUUCCUAGGGGUGGCCCUGUUCAGCGAGAACCGAAACUCGAUCCCGUUGAUUUCGGCCAUCAUCUUCAGUCAUGUUGCGUGCCAUUUCGGUCUCCGCGCCGCGCCAUGCAGCUUCCCUUUCCACGUGUAUGCUGUGGUCAGUCCACCGGUCGGACAGGACUUGGACGGCAACCCCCUACCCGAAUACAUCAGGGACCACGACGGCCCCAUAGCAUCCGAAGAGACACUCAUGUACAUGGACCCAUUCAGAAGCUUGGAGCCUCUAUCGCCCGAUGACCUCAGGGCCCAAUUGAAUUUCAUUUCGCCGAGCACGUCAGCCGCCAGAGUCGAGGGAUUUCUGACUCCUGCCAAACCGCGGAGCCUUAUGAUCCGGGCGGCGAAUAACAUCAUGGCCUCAGGAACGCACUACCCGGGCGAACCAGCUUUCCCUGUCGACCGUAAUCUCGCCACCUACGCCGCGCUGUUCUCGCUCGUGACCAUGACCGAUGCAUCAGGCACCAGGCGCCAUAACCUAACGUUCUUGGCUAAGCACUUCCUCGAAUUCUUUGAGUUGGAUGUCCAUCUAUUCGAGCGCCACAUGCUUCCCAUGACCGGCAACUACAUGGAGAGCUAUCGGUACCACGAAGUCAUCCAAGAACGCAAGGACGCAGACCAUGUAUCCCCACCGCCCAAGCCCCGCUCCGACCCCAAGAACUCCUUGGUCCAGUUCAAGGUCGGCCAGGUAUUCCGGCACCGCCGUCUCAGGUACGUGGCGGUGAUAUACGGCUGGGACCCAGACUGCCGCAUGCAGGAGUAUUGGAUCACCACGAAUCAAGUGGACCGGUUGCCGAACGGCCGACACCAGCCUUUCUACAAUGCCAUAGUGGACGAUCAGUCGACGCGUUAUGUGGCCGAGGAAAACGUGGUGGUGCUUCAGCCGAGUGAGAUCACAGAAGACCUGUUGAAUGCAUUUCCCCUGAAGCUUGGCAAGUGGUUCAAGAGGUACGACCAUGAGACCGGCACGUUUGUGAGCAACGUCCGGGCCGAGUACCCGGAUGAUUGA